UUCUUCUCGGCGUCUUCGGCGGCAGCAACGGCAGCGGCGCCGUCGUCGUAGCCGCUAGGUGAACGUCUGUAGCUAUGACCUCCGACCUCAGGCGAAAAGUUGGAGCCAAGCGACCCCGAUAGCUGAGAAAAAACCCCGACGAGCACUCUGCCACAACAAGCGUCUUCAGAAUCAGAAACAUGCCUCUUGUGAUCAACGAUCAGCUGCUGGAUCAUAAUCCAGAGGACACCCGAUCGUUCCUAGAUCGGUUCCCUCAUUUCAAAGACAUAAAUGGGAGCCUUCUCUCGCAAAAGAAGAUUGUCAGUCCGCAAGGUCUCCUCUACGUGCACCAGAGGGAGUUGGCUGUAACGAUAGCAUCUGACAAGCACAUAACUUAUCUCGGCACGGACAGCAUGACAACGUGCCAGUGCGUGAUAAUUCGCAACACAGGCAGCGGCGCCAUAGGCUUGGGACAUUUCGACGGGGUCGGAGUGGAACAGGGCAUCAGCACCAUAGUCCGAAAAGUUCAGGAACUUUCACCGGAGCAAUAUCAUUACAGUGUCGAUAGUAAACAGAAUCGAUUCGAAGUGUACAUUAUCGGCGGUUUCGUCGACAACCAUCACGUGUCGGAGAAUGUUGCCAUGCAGAUUCUAUACUCGUUGCGAAAGCAGGCACAAGUUCUCCAUCUUGUACAGGCCUGUUUCUGUGAACUUAACACGGACUACAGACAAACGCAGAAUUGGCCGAUUGUGAUGGGCGUGGGAGUGAACAUAAAGACGGGCCAGAUUUUUCCCGCAACCUUCCAUGAUAGAGGUCCCGAAAUCCCGUUGCGGAGCACUAUAUUCUACUGCGGAAAAGAGGAUAGCAAGCACGUUAUGUACGAUAUCUACGAUUGUUCAUCAGGACUGAUGCAGAUAGGCCCCUACAACUAUCAACCUAUGAGAGCUGUGGAUAUGUGGCUGCAACAGAACGACGAAUCUAUCCGGCAGAAGCUGUCCACUUCUCCCGAGGUUGAACCUCCGCAUUACGUGUUGAAUGUUCGUGAGACGUUCAAGUACAUCCAGCAGCACCCCUUUCCUCUGGUCACAGUAUUCCCAGACAAUCGGCCCCAUCUGUUCCGCAAAGAUGAGCAAGGGCUCUGGGUUCCGUACUCUAUGAUUCAGCAUCUCUAUUGAGGGCGCAUGCCCCUGCUAUUGACCUCGAAUUAUUUGAUAAUAACAUACAUAUAUCGUUGGAGCCACCUUAUCGAAGCGGA